CGGAAAGGCCGGGAGGAAGAACGCAAAUGAGGAGCGCACUGCUGCAGAUUGUGAACGCCGCUUGUGCGGCAACGAGUCUUCGACUGCUUCUCGCUCUGCCGGCUGCCUCUAUUGCGUCCCAUGGCAGCCAGUCGCAUCUCCCAUCGACAGCCCUCACCCCUGCAUUCACACCGUCUUUACUGAGGAGAAGCAUCCCUGGCCAUGAGGCGGCGAUGCCAUCUGCGAUGACACAGCGGCGCCGGUGUGUGCGGAUGAACGUGUUGACGGAUCUAUGGGGAGGCUAUCUGAGCAGCCUGGACGCCCAGCCGCUGCUCACCAAGUGCCUCACCAGCGGCGUCAUCCUGCCAGCCGCAGACAUCGCAGCACAGGUGUGUGCAUACGGCCGAGGCGAUACAACACCCAUGUGAGCUUGUCGUCGAUAUGGUGCCUCUUUGUUCACUGCAGUUGAUCGAGAAGCGCGGAGAUCCAUCAGCGCCACGCGGCAUUGACUUCACCCGCACCUCCCGAUGGCUGGCGGCCGGCUUCCUCCUCCACGCCCCAUGGAACCACUACUGGUACAACUUUCUCGACGCCCGUGUGCCGCCGCCCACCGAGCCGCUGAGCGGCAUCAAUUUCUUGAGGCUGGCGUUGGAUCAGUUCCUGCAGGCGCCCGUCUUCACGGCCCUCUUCUUCGCUGGUCAGUGCAAAGGACAUAGAGAAGGCAGAAUGACGACUCUCGUGUCAUUUGUGUGUGUGUGACAUUGUGUGUGCAGUGCUGCAGCUGCUGGAGGGCGCUAACACUCAGGGCGUGCGGGACAAGCUGAGCCGAGACUGGUGGAGCACCAUGAAGACCAACUGGGUGGUGUGGCUGCCCGCGUCCUUCAUCAACCUGGCCUUCGUGCCGACUGCUCUCAAGCUGCUGUACGUCAACGUGGUGAGCCGGCAUGGCGUGAGGAGGGCAAGAGCCGACCGAAGCCGCACACUGUGAUUCUCUGGUGUCUGUGUGUUGUCAGGUGUUCUACUUUUGGUCUAUAUUCCUGUCGAUUGUGGCCAACAGAGAUGUAGAGCCGCAGAAACAGACAUGAGAGAGACUCGUGCCGGUGGUCUGAUGGUAAGUACUGCUCUCGCCCCCUUGGUGUUUUGCGUCUGUAUCAUGUCGUCCGUCACGAUGGUGGACACAGUGGCAUCCAGUCUGUGUGUCGCCUGCGUGGACGGGGGGAGGUUCAGAUGCGGACACAAAGGGGCAAGAGCGCCGGGUGCCUAGGGGGUGUAUGUGCGAGAGUUUCCAUGACAGCUCAAGUACAUAUGAGUGACGUGCUCAUGACGGGUUUUUCGGUCUCUGUUCCUUCAUUGAUGUGUGUUACGCUACACGCGACGAUGUCGCCGACAUACAUACAUGUAACCUGUCUGUCUUCCAGCCUGCCUGUUAAGGUGGGGUGCGGUGUG